UAAUACGAAGCUAGCCGCAGCUAUGCUAACUGUUAGCGGUGAGAUGUCUAUCUAAUGUCUCUAGCGGAGUGAAUUAAAGCGGUGCUGUGCCUUCCGUCGGUACUCCAAAUCAGAUAAACCCAAACAGAGCACCGGAAACGCCCUGCUGAAUGAGUCAAGACAGCGAGUAGCGGGCAGAGAGAGGCCGACGAAGCCGCGGUGGGCCGGCCGUCCGACAGGAGCUUUGUGUGGCCGGGCAGCGGCAGCAGGAGCGGCCAUGAGCCUGGCUGUGGGCCGGGAGCCCCGCAAAACUGCGGGAAACCGCAUGUCCAAACUCCUCGAUGCUGAGGAAGAGGACGAGUUUUACAAGACGACUUACGGCGGCUUUAACGAUGAAUCAGGAGAUGACGAGUAUCACGGAGAGCACUCAGACACAGAGGAUGAGGUGGACAGCGACUUUGACAUCGAUGAGGGUGACGAGCCUGACAGCGACCAGGAGGAGGAUGCACCAAAGAGGAAAAGUCGAGUCGUCACCAAAGCUUACAAGGAACCUAUAAAGGUAGCCAAGCCCAAACCCAAGAGACCGUCUGAGGAGCUGAAGAAGACAGAGAAAGCCAAAGUUGAGCUGAAAAGGAGGAUUCCACAAGAAUUUCAAGACUUUGGCGAGACUCGGAAGUCUGUGCGCCAGUCCACCAGUGAACACACUCGGAAAACCAACCUGCGCCUGCAAGAGCGGCAAGAUGCCCCUCGGCGGCGGAGAGGUGCUCACCGUGACCGGCCCCUGACCCAGGAGGAACUGCUGGCUGAGGCCAAGCUGACAGCCGAGAUCAACAUCCGAUCUUUAGAGAACUAUGAGCGGCUUGAGGCGGACAAGAAGAAACAAGUCCACAAGAAAAGGCGCUUUGAGGGCCCGACCAUCCGUUACCACUCGGUGCUCAUGCCUCUCGUCUCUCAUUCCGUCCUGAAAGAGGAAAACGUGGAUGUUGAAGGGUUGGAUCAGGAUGUUCCUCAGGCUGCACCAGCUAAUCCCACGACGCCUUCCCAGCAGCCCGCGGGAGGCCUGUGCUCCCGUACGUACAUAACAUUCAGCGAAGAUGAGGCUUUCGAGGCUGCCUUUCCACGCAGCACGCAGGCAGUUCCCCAGCCACCCGUCCAAGAGGUGUGCCCCGUCACCCACAAGGCUGCGCUCUACCGAGACCCGGUCACCGACAUUCCCUACGCCAACACGAGAGCGUUCCGCAUCAUUCGGGAAGCCUACCGCAAAUAUGUAGCCGCUCACGGAUUCCCAAACACGUCGGGAGGAGUAACGGGACUAGAUACGUCUGCGCCAAAGACUGCCCGCCAGAAAAUGGUCGUCAAGCAGAGUGCGGUUGCAACAUAGUUUAUUCUCACAAGGAGUUCUGGAAAUCAGCUUAGUUCCAACUUUUUUUUUUUUUUUUUUUUUCAUGUCUCGGUUCAUUUAGUGUGUGUGAGGGAAAACCACAACAAAAUGUUUCUGUCCUUAUGUCAGCUGUCAUGCAGGGAGAAAUAAAUAACAAAAGGACACAGUGUAUGGUGAUAUGAGGGAAGCCAUCAACUUGUAAAUGUCCUGAAUGGGGUAAUUGUUUCUUCAAACAGCUGUCUGCAUUUGCUUUUAUCUUCGUUGACUGAAAAUAUCUCAGGCCCUGGGAAUUUGACGAGCUGUCACAGCUGAGAUGCUGCAAAAGUGACACAAAUUUUGAAAUCAGAGAUGACAGUUUUGAGCUCAGUUUUAAGCUGUCUGUGCAAGUGUUACAUUACAGUUGAAGUCAUAAAGGUAAUAAUUUAAGAAUUAAGUUUUUUUUUUUUUUCAAUGCUACAGACUGAGAACACAGAGUACUCACAACCUUUGGCUGCAAAGUUUUAAGCUUUGCAAGGGAAGAGGGACAAAAACCUCAAAACAAAUAUAAUCUCAACCUCUAAUAAGAGCAACCCAGAAAAAAAACUAUUGUGAUGGCACUGUAUAUGCAAGCCAAUCUUGUAUAUGAAUAUUUUGAAUAACAAAUCCAAGUUAAGCCGAUACCACAGAUUGAAAUAAGUCUCCAUCUGCACAUCGACAGCUUUGAUGUUUUUUUUACUGAAUGCUUUUUUUUUUUGUUUUUUUUAAGACAAUAGGUUCCCUCAGAUGUAUGUCUCUGAAAAAA